GUUAGGGUUAGAUUAGGGUUAGGUUAAGGUUAGGGUUAGGGUUAGGUUAGGAUUAGGGUGCUAACAUGCGAUCGGUUUACAUCGGAUUUUAGAGAUGUGUCUACUUACAGGCUACAACCCUAACCACUAACCCUAUGGACGAGUUUCUAUACAAUAUGCAUUAUGAAUUCAGAGCCUCUGAACCUUUAUCAAACCUUAACAAGUUUUUAAAUCAUGUAAAAGAAGAAUAUCCACUGUAAUUCAUUACUUACUUACAAUAUAUUCUCACUUUAUACUAACUGUCUUCUGAUUGGCUAAUAAUUGUCAAGGUCACUUAAAAUUCGUUCAAAGGUCGUCCUUAAAUUAGAGUCUCGCCGACGACUCUCUGUGUUCGACCAUCGUUGUCUCCGAAGGAUUGCUGGCAUCCAGUGGCAACACCAUGUUAGUAAUGCAGAGGUUCGGCAUCGUAUGUUCGGGCACAGAGAUGAUAAUUCAAUUGGUGUCACUAUCUUGAAACACCGACUUCGGUGGCUUGGAUACAUCUUACGAAUGUCGUCCCAGAGAAUUCCACGUCGUGCAUUAUUUGCCGACUCUGGGACUGGUUGGAAGAAGCGGAGAGGUGGUCAGUGCAUGACAUGGUGUCGUGGCAUGAAAGAAAGCUGCAAAGGACUGGCUUGUGUUGGUUCUUCACGACUCCCUGGUUGGGGUCCGAGAGAUGGUGCUACACAGUGGCUAGAGACGUUAUCAGAUAUGGCUCAGAAUAGAAGCCAGUGGCGAUCCUGCUGUAACCUUCUUUUACCUUCUUCAUAAAAAUUGGUUGUGUCUCCCUUACCUGAAAGAUUUCUUCUGAUUGUACCUCGUUACUACCACACUACCUUACACCAAUCUCUUCGUUAUUGUUCUCUCUUUCUUUUGCGCUCCUUAGUUUUUUUUUCUAUUUCUCUUCGCAUUCUCAUUGUUUUGUGCGGCGCAUAUAUAUUGGCGCUCUCUUGUACCAAUAUUUAUGUGUUCAAAUAAAUAAAUAAAUAAAAGAAAAACCAGUGCUUUUUAUUGUUAGAGAUAUUACUUCUUUCAAAGCGUAGUUUUGCCUAAUGCUAAUUCGACUUCUUAAAGUAAUUGUUAUUUUAGCAAAAGCAAAUUUCUGUGAAAUUCAGUUCGUGUGUAAAACCAUGCUAGAAUCUCUGCCGCUUGAGAAUAGCUAUCCUAGUAACGUCAAGCUUAAAUACAAAAAGCUAUCCUAUCAAGCGACAACUCCUACUCGUGGAUCUCUCUUUGCUGCUGGUUACGAUCUUUAUGCUGCUCAUGAAGCUACCAUACCUCCUGGGGGUCGUGAAUUAAUUAAAACUGACAUACAGAUUGAAUUGCCAGAAGGUUGUUAUGGUCGUGUCGCUCCACGAAGCGGACUAGCCUUAAAACAUGGGAUUGAUGUUGGUGCUGGCGUCAUUGACCGAGACUAUAGGGGAAAUCUUGGCGUAGUACUUUUUAACUUUGGAGAACAAUAUUUUGAAAUAAAAAAAGGUGACCGUGUAGCACAACUGAUUUGUGAACGUAUUUUCUGUCCUGAAUUAAUGGAAUGUGAAUCGUUGGCGGAAACAGAUCGUGGUUCAAAUGGUUAUGGCUCAACAGGAGUGUAG